UUGGAAUUUUGACUGGCCUCUGCCUCAUCAUUUUUUGAUUAGAUCAAAAUGUUCAGACAGAUUUUUUGUGUGCUUUGUGCUCUAAUCACCUCCUUGCCUGCGCACCUGGUUCCAAUCAGCAUUCAUCACUGCCUGCACUUAAGCCAACGUGUUCCAGUGUUCCAGCGCCAGAGUAUUCUCACUCCAACGCGAGCCCCACUGUGUCUCCUGCCACAACACUCACUCCAGCCGCAUUACGAAGUUCCCUCACCUGCUCCUGCGGACCACCAUCAUGCCUUGAAAUACCUGACCUUGCGGUUCACCCCCAAAAAAACCUUCCAACUGCUUCCUCUGUCUCAGUCUGCUUUUGGGGCCCUUCCAAUACAGUUUGGUACAAACCGUGACAAACAGCAUGUGCAGCAAUAUUGGCACCCCUCCUUAAUAUUUGGUUGCACACCCUUUGGCAGCGAUGACAGCCUCCAAAUGUUUCUUGUAUCCAUCUAUAAACUUUUUUUCACUUCUCAGGUGGUAUUUUCUCCCACUCUUCCUUCGCAAUUUGUUCAAGCUCUUGAACAUUUGCAGAGUUCUUUUCCCCAAUGGAAGAUUUCAGCUCGCCCCAAAGAUUUUCAAUUGCUGGACAUUUUAAAACUGUCUAUUUUUCCAUUUCCAACCAUUCCUGAGUGCUUUUGGAUGUGUGCUUUGGGUCUUUUGCUGGAUGACCCAUGAUCUUCGCCUCAAAUCAGGUUUUCUUACACUAGGUAAGACAUCGAUCCAUUUUCCGUACUGCUUCUCCUCACGAGGGUGACUAGGCAUGCUGGAGCCUAUCCCAGCUGACUCUGGACGAGAGAAACCGGAGUACCCGGAGAAAACCCACGCAGGCACGGGGAGGACAUGCAUACUCCACACAGGAUACCUGUGAUAUGGUCAAGGCCUCCAGUACCAGAUAUGGUGAAGCACCCCCACAGCAUUAUAGAUCCUCCACCAUGCUUGACUGCUGUUGACCGGACUUUUCGGGCGUGGCUAAAAUGAGGCCAGAUUACACAAGCAGGCCUCUGGCAUGAGUUCCCACCCCCCAAUCAUUGUAUAAGUACCAAGCCGCCUAAUUCCAUGUAGUGGCUAUUCUGCGCCACUGCCACUUCCUUAUCGAUAGUAACCUGGGCCAUUUCUAUCACUCCAGAAUGAAGUCAGCCAUCGACCUAUGCCUACAAACCAACAUAAUACAUUUUCCCUGAUGUGUUUUUGUGUUAUUUUGUCUACAGUGUGUCUGCCGUUUGUCCCCAUGCGCCGAGGCCCUAAUGGCGUGCUUACGUCUUUGUUAGCUUGCUAGCCAGUUAGCUCGCGACCUAGCACAUGUAAUGAACACUUGUGUCUCUGUUGUGAAGGCCUGUGCAGGGCGAGGCAGCGAUGAACCAGAACGCCAGUCGCUAGAGUAGCCGGCCGUGGUCUUGCAAUGGGUCGCGUCCAACUCUCCUCAGCCAUGCCUCGCGCAGGCUCUCAAAACAGAAACGCCUUAUGUGCGCUACCUCGCAAGCUAACCGGUUAGCAAGCUAACAAGGCAGCAAGCUCAGCAGUACAGCGUCGGCUCAUCCGAUAUCGCCGCCUCACUUGGUUUUGUGUUGUGUGUGUGCGUCCACAUAACCGCGACACAUCAGGGAAAGUUAACUAAUAGACACAGUGACAGUCAGGUUGUGGCUGAGCCGCAAAGGGCCACGAGCCAGACAUGUACGUGAUUGACAGCUGAAGGUUCUGCGUCGCGCACUCAGUGGAUAUGCCCACACGCCCCUGCAGCCGGUGGGUGAGCUCUAUUUUACAUUUUUUUUAACCUUAUUUGUAUUUAUUUUUUGAAUUCAAAGUUGACAGACUUGUUAAUACAUUUCUCUGUGGUAAAUGAAAUGUCGUUUUUAUUUUUAUUUGUUUUGUCAUUUUACAGUUUAAAGACUUGACGUUUGGAACUGGAGGUGGUUAAAGUCCUGCUGUGGACACGUUUUCUUUUUUUCUUUCUUUUUUUAAAAUAAAUGACAAUUAGUUGUAGGAUAGAUGCUAGUCUGCUUCUUGGCUACUGACAUCUCUCUUUGCAUGCCUGGCAUUGCCUGCAUGUGUGUGAUUUGGUUGUGUGUGGUGAGCAAGAUAUAAAUAUACAGCAUUAACAGCAGAGUAUAUGUUGAAUUCCCCCUUGAGGGACUAUGUUGAAUAAUAAGAAAAAAUAUGCUAUAGUGCAAAUGUUAUGGUAUUAACAAUGGGUUUAACCCUAAAUUAAGUUACCUUGAUUCCUUUUUAGUGUCGAUUUGAGCGGACACAAUUAAGCAGGGUGAAAAACGUGUGUGCGUGCGUGUAAAGAGGGACGGGUAGGUUGGUUGUUUGCACGCUGCCAGUGAGCGAGUGUGCGCGCGCACCACCUCGCGGUGAUGAUGAUGAUGAUGAUGGUGACGAUGACGACGAUGAUGAUGAUGAUGAUGGAGCCGCGCGUCCGAGUCAGUCCGGCUCAGUGUGGCGCGCCGCUGCUCGGACGAUGCCCGCACACCACCUCCGUCUCACAGCCCCACGUCACGUCACGUUACUUCGGAGGACUUUUCCCAUCGCGCUGUACUGAAGGAAUUUGCUGCUUCCUGUCCGCGCGACCUUGUAAAUGAUCUUUUUUUUAAGUUUGCGCAUUUUUGUGUGCGUGUGUCUGCGACUGUGCCGGCUGUGCCUUGAAUGACGGUUGAAACAGGUGGGCGGAAAUCAACGCUCAGUAGGAAGAGGAGGCGAGCAUCGGACAAGGCGACACUUUGCUCGCGUUUGGUGCGACGUUUGAGUCGGUGGGUGCGAGUCCACCCGCCGGCAUCAGCUCCCACAUUCUGGGCUGGAGGAGGACGAGGAGGAGGUUUUGGGAACCGCGAGGGAAUAUCGGAACACUCGGGAUGAGGAGAAAGACUCUUGGACUGACAAGUUAGCCUUCAACAACCAAAACAAGAUCUCCAUCAGUAUUCCUUUCUUAUUCCAUUCACUCUUCAUCCUUUCCUAAAAGGCAUGGUAAACAUAAAGGCUUUGCACAGGACUUCAUUGCCUGAGGCCAGAAUGGGAUUAUUAGCUCCUUUGCUAACCUUCUGGCUCCUAGCGCUCCCGGCUCAGUCCAGCGGGCAAACAUUCACUAGCUUCCACCCGGAGCGGCGGGACUGGUUUUUCAACCACCUCACCGUUCACCAAACCACAGGAGCCGUGUACAUCGGCGCCGUAAACCGUGUGUACAAGCUCUCGGGCAACCUGACCCUGCUGGUGUCGCAUGACACGGGCCCAGAGGAUGACAACAAGGCCUGUUACCCACCCCUGAUAGUGCAGCCCUGCUCAGAGCCUCUGGUCUCGACCAACAACGUCAACAAGCUUCUUCUCAUCGACUACUCGCAGAACCGCCUGCUGGCGUGCGGCAGCCUUUACCAGGGUGUCUGCAAACUCCUUCGACUGGAUGACCUUUUUAUUUUAGUGGAGCCUUCCCAUAAGAAAGAGCACUACCUCUCCAGUGUCAACCAGACUGGGACCAUGUAUGGGGUCAUUGUGCCCUCACAAGGCCAGGAUGGCACCUUGUUUAUCGGUACUGCAGUUGAUGGAAAACAGGACUACUUCCCUACCAUAUCCAGCCGAAAGCUUCCCCGUGACCCGGAAUCUUCCGCAAUGCUUGACUACGAAUUGCACACCGACUUUGUGUCCUCUUUAAUCAAGAUACCAUCAGACACGCUCGCACUCGUGUCCCACUUCGACAUCUACUACAUUUAUGGUUUUGCUAGUGGCAGCUUUGUGUACUUUUUGACUGUUCAGCCUGAGACACCAGAGAAUGGCAUGUCGUCAAGCGGCUCCGCCAGUGACCUCUUCUAUACUUCCCGCAUCGUUCGCCUCUGCAAGGACGACCGCAAGUUCCACUCAUACGUCUCCCUCCCCAUUGGCUGCGUGAAGAACGGCGUUGAGUACCGGCUCUUGCAGGCCGCCUACCUCGGCAAGCCAGGCAGCAUCCUCGCCGCGUCGCUUCACAUCGGUGUUCAAGACGACGUGCUCUUCGCUGUAUUCUCCAAAGGCCAGAAGCAGUUUCACCAUCCGCCCGAUGACUCCGCGCUCUGCGCCUUCACUAUCCGCGACAUCAACGCACGCAUCAAAGAGCGCCUGCAGUCCUGCUACCAGGGCGAAGGGCACCUGGAGCUCAACUGGCUUCUUGGGAAGGAUGUGCAGUGCACCAAAGCACCGGUGCCCAUCGAUGACUCUUUCUGCGGUCUGGACAUAAACCAGCCUCUCGGUGGCUCCCAGCUGGUGACUGGACACACCCUCUACACUGAGACCCGCGACCGGAUGACCUCAGUCAUCUCCUACGUCUACAGUGGCUACUGCGUGGCCUUUGUGGGAACAAAGAGUGGACGCCUUAAGAAGAUUCGCAUUGAUGGCCCUCCUCAUGGCGGCGUUCAGUACGAGACUGUGUCGGUCAUGAAGGACGGCAGUCCCAUUCUCCGAGACAUGGCUUUCUCCCUGGACCGUGCUCACCUCUACGUCAUGUCUGAAAGACAAGUGACCCAAGUUCCCAUUGAGUCCUGCGAGCAGUAUGGGACGUGUGGCGAGUGCCUGAGCUCCGGGGACCCGCACUGCGGCUGGUGUGUGCUGCACAACAUAUGCUCCCAGAGGAACCGUUGCAGUCGUGCAAACGAGCCGUACCGUUUUGCUGCAUCUUUGGACCAGUGUGUGAAGGUCACCGUGUACCCAGACAGCAUCGCAGUGUCUGAUCCUGGUGUACCAUUGUUGGUGAAGGUCACCGAUGUGCCGGACCUUUCGGCAGGUAUAACCUGUUCCUUCGGCAAUCUGACAGAGGUGGAAGGGCAAGUGAACGGUAACCAGAUACUGUGCGUGUCCCCUGCUGCAAAGGACGUCCCCCUCAUCCCUUCUGACCAAGAUUGGUCAGGUGUCGAGCUAAGACUCAAUUCAAAGGAGACCGGUCAGAUGCUCAUUAGCACCGAGGUCAAGUUUUACAACUGCAGUGUCCACCAACUGUGUCUAUCCUGUGUGAACAGCGCCUUCCGUUGUCACUGGUGCAAGUACCGCAACUUGUGCACCCACGACCCGUCCAGCUGUUCUUUCCAGGAGGGAAGAGUCAACGCCUCUGAGGACUGUCCACAGCUGGUGCGCUCUGAGGAGAUUCUAAUCCCGGCGGGGGAGGUGAAGCCCAUCACCCUGAAAGCCAAGAACCUGCCACAGCCGCAGUCUGGUCAGCGGGGCUACGAGUGCGUCCUUCACAUCCAGGGGGUCAGCCACCGUGUCACCGCCCUCCGAUUCAACAGCUCCAGCGUGCAGUGCCAGAACAGCUCGUACUUGUACGAAGGGAUGAAAAUCAGCGAGCUGCCCGUGGAUUUCUCCGUAGUGUGGAAUGGCAACUUCAUUAUUGACAACCCAGAGAACAUUCAGGUGAACUUGUACAAGUGCGCAGCCCAGAGGGACAGCUGUGGUGUGUGUCUGAAGGCCGACAGGAAGUUCCAGUGUGGCUGGUGCAGCGGAGAGGGGAAGUGCACCCUGCGUCGACACUGCCCUCCCAUCAACCCCUACACCACCCGCUGGCUGAACCUGUCCAGCAAAAACGUCAAGUGCACUAACCCACGCAUCACUGAGUUGACCCCGGUGGCUGGACCCCCCGAAGGAGGCACACGGGUGACUAUCCAUGGCACCAACCUCGGUCUUUCCUUCUCAGAUGUGGUCAGCAAUGUGGAGGUGGCCGGAGUAAGGUGUGCUCCUGUGCAAGAUGGUUACAUCAUUGCUGAACAAAUUGUGUGCGAGAUGGAUGUUGCCCCUGCGGACAGUCAACCUGGUCCAGUCCAGCUUUGUGUCGGGGAGUGCAGACCCGAACUCAAAGCUCGAUCCAGUCAAGUCUACUCCUUUGUGACACCCACAAUCACAGGUGUGUCACCCAGUAGAGGUCCAGAAUCCGGCGGCACCAAAGUCACAAUCAUGGGCGAAAACCUUGGUGCUGGCAGCAGCGUCAGUGUUCAGUUUGGAAACCAGACGUGUGAGUUCUUCAGUCGAACAAUGACGGAGAUUGUGUGCUGCUCCUCACCCUCCCUAUCCGGCAUCAGCCCGGUCCAGAUCAGCGUGAGCGUGGACCGCUCCCAAAUCAGGGAAAGCCUCACCUUCGAGUACAUUGAGGAUCCCACCGUUGUGCGCAUUGAACCCGACUGGAGCAUUGCCAGUGGCCACACCCCCUUGAUUGUGACCGGCACUAACCUGGAUGUGGUACAGGAGCCCAGGAUCCGGGUCAAGUAUGCCGGCAAAGAGUCAGUCAAUGUGUGUAGAGGAUUGAAUGCAACCAGCAUGAGCUGCUCUGCUCCCUCCCUGGUGGAGGACUACCAUCCAGGUUUGGACACUGUGAAACACGCGGAUGAAUUUGGCUUCAUUUUCAACAACGUGCAGGCGCUGCUGGUCUACAACAACACCAACUUGCUCUAUUACCCGAAUCCUUACUUUGAACCUCUCAGCAUCACUGGGGUGCUGGAGCAAAAGCCAGGCUCUCCCAUCAUUCUCAAGGGCAGAAACCUGCUUCCCCCAACCUCAGGAGGGGUGAAGCUUAACUACACGGUGCUAAUUGGAGAGACCCCCUGCUCGGUGACCGUGUCCGAAAGCCAGCUGCUAUGUGAGCCGCCCAACCUCACCGGACAAUACAAAGUCAUGGUUCAAGUAGGCGGCCUCCACGUCUCUCCUGGCGCUGUGCACAUCAUGUCUGACAGUUUGCUGACCCUUCCGGCCAUCAUCAGCAUCGCCGCCGGCGGGGGCCUACUUCUCAUUAUUGUCAUCCUCGUCCUGAUAGCCUACAAGCGAAAGUCACGUGAAAACGAUCUCACACUCAAGCGCCUGCAGAUGCAAAUGGACAACUUGGAGUCACGAGUCGCCCUUGAGUGUAAAGAAGCCUUUGCCGAGCUGCAGACAGACAUCAAUGAGCUCACCAGCGACCUGGACAGAGCCGGCAUUCCGCAUCUGGACUACAGGACCUACGCCAUGAGGGUGCUCUUCCCUGGCAUUGAGGAUCAUCCCGUCCUCAGAGAGCUGGAGGUAUCAGGCAAUGGCCAGCAGAACGUGGAGAAGGCCCUGAAGCUCUUUGGUCAGCUCAUCAACAACAAAGUGUUUCUGCUCACCUUCAUCCGAACUCUGGAGAUGCAGCGCUCCUUCUCCAUGAGGGACCGCGGCAACGUGGCCUCGCUCAUCAUGACGGCCUUGCAGGGACGCCUGGAGUACGCCACAGACGUCCUCAAGCACCUUCUAUCAGACCUCAUCGACCGCAACCUGGAGAGCAAGAACCACCCCAAGCUGCUGCUGCGCAGAACGGAGUCGGUUGCGGAGAAGAUGCUCACCAACUGGUUCGCCUUCCUUCUGCACAGGUUCCUGAAGGAGUGCGCCGGCGAACCUCUGUUCAUGCUCUACUGCGCCAUCAAGCAGCAGAUGGAGAAAGGGCCCAUCGACGCCAUCACCGGAGAGGCCCGCUACUCUCUGAGCGAGGACAAGCUGAUCCGCCAGCAGAUCGAGUACAAAACGCUGAUCCUAAACUGUGUGAACCCAGACAACGAGAACAGUCCAGAGAUUCCGGUCAAAGUUCUAAACUGUGACACCAUCACCCAAGUGAAGGAGAAGAUCCUGGAUGCUGUCUACAAGAACAUGCCCUACUCUCAGCGGCCGCGAGCAGUUGACAUGGACCUCGAGUGGCGCCAAGGACGGAUGGCUCGCGUGGUGCUGCAGGACGAAGACAUCACCACCAAGAUAGAAAGCGACUGGAAGCGACUGAACACGCUCUUGCACUACCAGGUGUCAGACCGUUGUGUGGUGGCUUUGGUGCCCAAACAGACAUCAUCAUACAACAUCCCGCCUUCAGCCAGCAUAUCGCGCUCAUCCAUCAGCAGAUACGAUUCGUCGUUCCGUUACACUGGCAGUCCAGACAGCCUCCGGUCUCGUGCUCCCAUGAUCACGCCAGAUCUGGAAAGUGGCGUGAAAGUGUGGCACCUGGUAAAGAACCACGAGCACGGAGACCAAAAGGAAGGAGACCGUGGCAGCAAGAUGGUUUCUGAGAUCUACCUGACCAGACUGCUUGCCACCAAGGGAACGCUUCAAAAAUUUGUAGACGACCUGUUUGAGACGUUGUUCAGCACAGUUCACCGAGGCAGCACGCUGCCGCUGGCCAUCAAGUACAUGUUCGACUUCCUGGACGAACAGGCCGACAAACACGGCAUUUACGACACUGAUGUACGUCAUACGUGGAAAAGCAACUGCCUUCCACUGCGUUUCUGGGUGAAUGUGAUCAAGAACCCGCAGUUUGUGUUUGACAUCCAUAAGAGCAGCAUCACGGACGCCUGUCUGUCUGUGGUCGCUCAGACAUUUAUGGAUUCUUGCUCCACUUCUGAGCACCGCCUGGGCAAAGACUCCCCUUCCAAUAAGCUGCUCUACGCUAAAGAUAUCCCCAAUUACAAGAGCUGGGUAGAGAGGUACUACGCCGACAUCAACCGGCUGCCAGCAAUCAGCGACCAGGACAUGAACGCCUACUUGGCGGAACAGGCCAGACUCCACUCCAGCGAGUUCAACAUGCUCAGCGCCCUGAACGAGAUCUACUCCUAUAUCAGCAAGUACAGCGAGGAGAUCACAGAAGCCUUGGAGCAGGACGACCACGCCAGGAAGCAGAGGCUGGCCUACAAGGUGGAGCAGCUCAUUGCCGCCAUGUCCCUCGAGAGCUGAGGGUAGAGAAAGACUGAGGACCGAUGUUGUCUCGACCCGUCGUGCAAUACGGGCGUACGCCUGCUUUAGUUUGUGUCCCAGACUCCGUCCAUCAAGGCACAUGGCCCUCGAGCUCUGAGGCCCUAAACCAAGGAAGGGGCAUCAGCAUGGAAGGCCACAACAGUACUUAUUUAUUUAUUGGUGUUGUCUCCCGGGACAUUGUCCAAAUGGAACUUUUGUGCGUAUAAGUGUCCAGUUGUGUGUGUGCAGGAGAAAAGCGGAAGGGAUGUCAUGCUGGACUGCUGCAUUCAGAUUUUAUUUUUAUACUCUUUUAAAUAUGAUUAGUUACCAUUGGAACCACCCUCCCAAGGCUUCCCUAAAUGUCGAUGUUGGUCUUCUCGCACACUCUCGUCCGGAUGGAAGAGUCAAAUGACUAAGAUAGUGUACAGGACAAAUGAGUGAAGGAAAGGGACAGAGGCAGCAUUCAUCUGUAAAUGUAGCAGGUGAAUGGAGAGAAUUUUUUUUGUUAGUUUUUUCUGGAGCGUAAAUGGAAGUGGGCUUCCAGGAUGUUUUUUGGGGCUCAUCAUUUUUUUGUCAAACAGCUUCUUAAACCUCAAGUACUUCCCCGCAUCGCUGCUCAUGCCAAGCCAAAAUCCUUAAUUUGCAUCCCAUCCUCUUCUUAUCGUCCUUUGUUUCCAUGCUGUCCCACAUCACACACGUCAGCUGUUCAAGCGAUCAAUCCAAGUGCCAAGACGUCGAGCUGGCCAGUCGCAGGCCUCGAUACGACCACAGCCGAUGUCUUUGCACAAGCAGCAAGAAGCCAAGCUACGAGUGCCAAAAGAGUCUUGCUCAAAAAUCGGUUAAUGCUUUAAGUGUGGAACUUAGAAGCUUGCUUAGAUUUGCUAAAGGAGAGUGAUGCUAAAGGUACAAAACA